GCAGACGGCCGAUUCGGGCAGAGCCCGCAAACCUCAGAAGGGCGGCGAGUGCGCGUGCGCGUGCGCUGGGCCAGGCAGCGUUCAAUGCAUCUGCCGGCGGCAGCGGCCGACCAAGGCAGCAAGCAGCAGCCGCCGCGUGAACAGCACACGACGUCGACGCACCGCGAGCCGUCCUCGCAGCGGCGUCGCAGCAGGAUGGCCGAAAUGGUGCUGCCCGGUGAACGGGCCCUCACCCAGGUGCUGGCCGAGCACCCGGGCGAACUGAUGCGCACGGGAAGCCCGAACAUGGUGUGCUCGGUGCUCCGUCACUGGCGAUCCAACAAGACUCUACCGGUGGCGUUCAAGGUGGUCACCCUCGGGGACGUUUGUGACGGGACCUUGGUCACGCUGCGUGCGGGUAACGAUGAGAACUACUGCGCCGAACUGAGGAACGCUUCGGCCGUUGUCAAGAAUCAAGUGGCCAAGUUUAACGACCUCAGGUUCGUCGGCAGGAGUGGAAGAGGCAAGAGCUUCACCAUUACCAUCACAUUGAGCACGAACCCGCCGCAAGUGGCCACGUACACCAAGGCCAUCAAGGUCACCGUCGACGGACCCCGGGAACCACGCAGCCAGCAGCAGCAGUUGAGGGCGUUCGCAAGUGCGUUCGGUCAACGACCUCCGUUCCUGGACCCGCUACGCGAAUGGGAUCACCUCCGGAGAAAAACAGCCGAACAGUGGGCGCUGGACAUCCCACGGAGGAUACCCGGCGCAGGAGCCCAUCACGAACUGGCGCAGGCAGCGCUGCAGCAAUUGAGCGCCGCCGACGCCCACUGGGGCGCGGCUUACCCUCACUACAACCCGUACCUGGCUCCAGCCACGGGCACAGGCGGCUUCAGCACGGCGCCCGUGCCGGUCAGCUACUCGCUGGACGCCAGCGCCGCGGUGGCCACUUCGCUCGCGGCAAACGUCUCCUCUCUGGCAGCCGUCGCGGCAUCCGACAACGCGGCGGGACUGUCUCUCCACAACACGCUCCUGGACAGCAGCCACUCACCGGCGAGCCUCGUUUCCUGUCCCGUGGAUUCGAUCGGCAGCCACGCAGGCACCGCGGCCGUGCCGUCCACGCUUCUGGGCACGGCAUCGACGCCUUCCUCAGACUCGCCGCUCUCAAGCACGCGAUCGUUGACGCUCGACGUCAACGCCUUGUCCGCAGGCAACGUCGCGCUGCAGAACCAGCACUCCGACUCGCUGCUCACGCCACCGCGCGUCACCAAGUCGCCGUCGUCCCUGCUACUGGGUAACGGCAACGGAGGAGGCGGCAGCUCGAGCUCCUCCCCAUCGUCUUCGAGCCUCGACUUCUUGCCUAACCCGACCAACUACGGCGGGUUCCUGCCCACGCACUCGUACUACGGCAGCAACGGCACUUCCACGGGUACGUCGACGACCACCACGCAGCCUCACACGACCACGGGAGUCUACUUGAGCCCGCCGGUGAUGCCGCCGUCACUGCUGUAUCCGCAGUUGUACGGAUCGAUGUCUCACCCGUCGUUCCAGUUCCUGGGUAACGACCUGAAGUGCGUCAUGGACGCGGCAGGGUUCGGCACGACCACCUCGACGAUGCAGCAGUCGCAACAGCAGCGACUCGACAACACGCUCAUUCACGCGGACACGACGAGCAUAAGGACGCAUCAACAACAGCAACUGUCGUUGGCACAACAUCAGCAGCAGCAACAGCAACAACACACAACGGAUGACAUUGUCGUACCACAGACACCGUCGCUGGCAGGAUCCGUACUGGAUUCAUUACGGACACAGGGAGAUCACCACAGCGUCUGGAGGCCGUACUGAACGUGUCCUAUCGCCUGCUGACGCCCGUGUGUGCCGUGAGAGCACGUGUCGAUUGUUAUUUAUUUUGGGACAGUGAGUGAUGCGGCAACAUAUCCCGCGUUGAGUGACGCGUGGCUGUAUGCAGUCGUCAGGUAAAAACUCGUCCACCUUCGAAGUCAAGAUGCGGCCAUUAAUGGUGCGAGGAACUGAAAGAACUCGUACUCAGCCACGCGAAUGCAGCGGUCACGGCCCUCACGAACUGACCACUAGGCAAGUGUGAUCAAGUUGCCUCUUUUUCGUUGCGAAGGUUUGUGCCAAUGCCGAGAUGUAAACCAAAAAGCGAGCGGAACGCCUCAUGUGACCAAAGAAUUGAGUCUGCCCGUGGAGAAUACAGGAUGUGAUGAACAUCAAACCCCGUAAUAUACACUUGAACAAUCCUUACUGUCAAUGCGUUACUACGAAAUGCGAGAUCAUACGUGUUGGAACAGAUCUACCGCCUGCAUCGACCCCCAGACCCUGCGUGCCCUCGGCACUUUCAGCAACAGAAAGCUCAAGGAAAAAAAAAAGAAUGAAGACGUUACCUGAUAACAUCAGUGUAACGUGUCCGCGUUUCUACCCGAUGUUCUGUGGUCUGCGAAAAACACUAUAGUCGCAGAGUUUGACCCUUCGACAUAAACCACCUACUCUCAGAAGAUCCGCCCGAGCAUGUUGAUCAAUCGAAAACGAAGCGUUCAACAACAUCAUGUCGCAUCACCCUGAGACAAAAAAAAAAAAAGCUGUGUUGUACAUAUUAUACACGUUCACGUCAUCCCAGCUCUCGUGUAUCUGUCAUGUAGCAUCCCAUCCUCAAAAGCAAUACUGACCUGCAAUAAAUGAGACCACGUCUAUCCCUGUUACGU